AUGGACGCGUCGCUCGGGGCGUUACAGCGCGCGCAGGAUGAGCUGCGAAACGCCCUCACGCACGCCCUCGCGGAUGUCCGGAACGCCGUCGACGCGUGCGCGAAGGAACACGCGAACGAGACAAAGAUGCAUGCGAAUGAACGCGACGUCGCGCGACGGGCGAUCGAACAGGGCGAGGGCGAUCGCGAGCGGUUGGAGCUCAAGCUCGGGCAGUGCGAGGAGGCGUUGAUGGCGACCAAGGGGGCGCUGAGUGAGAGCCAAGCGCUGUCGAAGGAGGCGAACGCGAGUCACGCCGCGGAGGUGAAGGAUCUUCAGAUGAAGAUUGCGAUGUUGACGGAUGAGAAGAAGAAGAGUGAGGAUACGCUGAGGCAUCACGCGCAGGAGCUGAAGCAGCAGUUGAUCAUCAUGCAGACCAAGCUCGAUCGCGCGGUGGAGAUCGACAAGGCGAAGGAUGAAAAGCUCGCGCAGCAAGACGCGGCGCACAAGGAAAAGGUCGAGGAGUAUAAGAAGAUGGAACAUGCGCUUCAGCUCAAGUUCCAAGACGCGCAGGCGAAGAUUGAAUCCGAGCAUAAGCAGGUCAAGGCACACGAGGCGGAGCACGCCAAGCAGCGGGAUGUCAUCAUGCGGCUCGAGGCAAAGAAUGCUUCUUUGAUUCAAGAGCUCGACGCCGCUCGCGCGCAGUGCGUACAGUGGCAGCGUGAGGCUGAUGUUGCCAAGGCGAAUGCUGAUCAAGCGCGCGCCGACGCCGAAGCCGCAAAGGAGGAGCGCAUGAAGGAGGAGAAGCACCGUCACGUCGCCGAAAACACCACAGCCGACUCGCGCCGCAAGGCUGAGGAGGCGACGGCGUUCGCGGCCGAGCAACGAGAGCUCCGAAAGCUUGCGGAGCAAUCUUUGGACGUCAGAGAAAACGAGCUCAAGGAUCUCAAGCACAAGGCGCAGAUGAUGGAGAAGGAUUACAAGGAGAUGUUGAGCAACGAGCGCGCGCAGCGCGCCGAGCUCGAGGAAAACUAUGAAACCUUGAAGCAAGAUUCCGUGAACCUGUACAACGCGUACACGAGCUGCAACCAGCAAAUCGAGGAGUAUCGCAUCGCCCUCGAGCGCGAGGCCCAGGACGCGGCCGCUUUGCACGCCGCUUUGGCCAAGCAAAAGGAGGACGCCGCCCGAGACGCCUUGCGCACGCGCAGCACGCGCGUCGUCGCGCCCCCCGCCGGUUUCCUCGGAAGCUCCUCUUUCGGCGGUGGUACCGGUUCUCCGAGCUUCAACAAAUCUCCCACUGGUCGCGGGAACGGUUCGGGUGUGCGCAUCGGCGAAGCCGACGACUUGCGCUCCCCUCCGAGCUUCCACGACUAG